AUGGAAUGGUGCCACGGAGUUCCGACUCGGUAUGAGCGCGACGAUCCAUUUGCCGGCGACGACUUCCAAGCGGCGCAGACUGGAGCCCACCGCGCUUUCGAGGACCCAGACAGACCAGUCGUCAACUACCCAUCGGGCCUGCCGCCUCGCCCGUCCGCCCGCCUCAGCUUCGUCCGCCCUGACACGCCCAUGCACGGCUCGUCGGCCUCGUCCAGGGUCCCGACCACCUCCGAGGAGGUGCGUGACAGCGCCGGCAGCAGCAGCAGGAAGCAGAAGCUGUUCAAGGCCCUGAGCCUGUUCAGUCGCAAGCGCAGGAAUGCCGGUCCCGCCUCGCCGCCUCUUGCUCCGCCGCCGCCGCCGACGCCGCCGAAGCCCGUCCGCCUGAACUUCCUCUUCGUCGGCAGCCGGGGAACCGGCCAGACAAGCCUUCUAUUGUGGGAGACCCUGAACCGCCCAUCCCGUUCCGCCGAGGAAUUCGGGAAUUUCAUCCCCUUCUUUCGAGCGCAAAGAAAUGAGGGAGCGAUGGCUAACCUUGACUCUUGGGCUCAGCCGAUCGCGCUAUGGAUACUGCCCGGACGUACACGGGCUGAAGCGAACAAUGAUACCUCGGGUGCACCGGAUCUCAACACGGUCGAGCGGCUGGCGUCGAUGCCCUGGCACGGCGUCUUCCUGUGCUUCGACCUCGGCAACAAAAUCACCUUGCUCGCCAUUGUGCAAUGGUGGAUCCAUGCCCGCGCGCGAGGCUUCAAUGUUCAAACCCAAGGCUUCGACCCGCUCGUCCACAUCGUCGGCAUGAAGAGGGACCUUCGACGGGCCUGUUUUCGUGGGCUCCAUUGCCCGGGGCCUCUGUGCCACAGCUGCUGCGUCAACGUCUCGGAUGCCACUGCCAACGCCCGCAGCAUCCGUGCCGACCACUACAUCGAGGUGUCGGCCAGGACGGGCGAGAACAUCGAUCUUCUUCUGAACGGGGCCGGGGUGGAGGCUACCCGCCGAGUCAUCGCUCGCCGCGCUGCUGAAGGGGGAGCCCAGUGA